GACUGGAAAGCGACCAGAUGGGAAUCAGCACUGGCUUCUUAACAGAUUCCUCACAUUUUAAAUUGUAUCGGACACAUUUUCAGCGGACUUUGCUGCUGACAAACAGACCUGGCGUGACUGCGGAAGCCGUUUUGGGAGGCUCGGCUGCGCUGUGAACCAGGACAGAAGCGGUCAAGACAUUUAAAGACCCAAACAUCUUCCCACUGUCCCAAGGCGACUGUGUGUCCAUCAUGCCGUUAUUUGGUAAAUCCCACAAGGCUCCCGCGGACAUUGUCAAGACUCUAAAGGAAAACCUAAAAAUCGCGGCCACACAAGAUAAGAAGACAGACAAGGCGUCUGAGGAGGUGUCCAAGUGUUUGGUGUCCAUGAAGGAGAUUCUGUACGGUAGCAAUGAUAAGGAGCCUCACACCGAGACAGUGGCCCAGCUGGCCCAGGAGCUGUACAACAGCGGCCUGCUGCUGUCCCUGGUAGAAAACCUGCAGGUCAUAGACUUUGAGGGGAAGAAGGAUGUGUGUCAGAUCUUCAACAACAUCCUGAGGAGGCAGAUUGGGACGAGGUGCCCCACCGUCGAGUAUUUCUGCUCCCACCAAGAGGUCCUCUUUAUACUGCUGAAAGGGUACGAGACACCCCAGGUAGCACUGAAUUGUGGGAUCAUGCUGAGAGAGUGCAUCCGCCAUGAACCGCUCGCCAAGAUAGUUCUUCGUUCAGAUCAGUUUCACAGUUUCUUCAACUACGUGGAAAUGUCCACCUUCGACAUCGCCUCUGACGCCUUCGCGACCUUCAAGGAUCUUUUGACAAGACACAAAGUGCUUGUGGCUGAAUUCCUGGAACAGAAAUACGAUGCUGUGUUUUCCAAUUAUGAGAAGCUGCUGCACUCUGAGAACUACGUCACCAAGAGGCAGUCGCUAAAGCUUCUGGGUGAGCUGUUAUUGGACAGACAUAACUUCACGGUGAUGACGCACUACAUCAGCAAGCCUGAGAAUCUCAAGCUGAUGAUGAAUCUGCUACGAGACAAGAGCCCCAACAUCCAGUUUGAAGCCUUCCAUGUCUUCAAGGUUUUUGUAGCAAACCCCAACAAGACGCAGCCCAUCGUUGACAUUCUGCUCAAGAACCAGACCAAACUAAUCGACUUCUUGAGCAACUUCCAGAAGGAUCGCACAGAUGACGAGCAGUUCAACGACGAGAAGACCUACCUAAUCAAACAGAUCAGGGAUCUGAAGAAACCGGCCUCCUAGAGAAGCAUCCCCUCCUGCCCUCUAUCUUCAACUUUUUAUCAAUAGGAAAACAUACAGUAGAAAAAAAAACACAUUAACAAUAAUUCUGUUUCAAAGAAACUCCAAGACAUCUUUUUUCUCUUGUCAGUUAGGUUUAAACUAGUGCAGAGUAGUUCUCAAUCACUGAUGUUUCUUUUGUAAAUUUUUCUCAUGUUUUUUUUUUUCCAUCUGUAGCAUGUAGUGCCGCAACCUAAAUUGUUGGAGGCAGCUGAUUUGCUUUGUUGGGAGAACCAGUGGUUAAAAAGCUUCUGCCAAAAUGGUUGUACCAAACAGACAUGACCGUUAUUGUAGUGCCAUCACAGUCACCAGUUGCAGGUGUUUUGUUAGUGGCUGUGCACAAUUUAAUUUCUUAACUGUUUUAAUGAAGUAGCUGCAAAAUUACGAAUGAGAGUUUGAGCUUUUCCUCCCCCCUUUUUUUGGCAGGUGAACGUGUCUCAUCAGAAUCAGGCAUUGUCAGUCAUUGCUAAAAUCUUUGUCAGCCAAAUGGCAGCAGUAAUUUUCAGUUGCCCUUUUUGUUAUUGUACUGCCGUUUUUUUCCCUCUAAAACUGAAAUGAAAAGCAUCAUCACAACAAAAUAUUCACAGUAAUUGACAUUGCCAUUUCAGCAAGGUCAACGUCAGAGGUGUAAAAGGCAAAAGACUAAUCUAAAAAAAAAUUAUAUUGACAUUUGUGACUUGUUUAGGACUCAAAGCUCAAAGUUUUGGACUUUGAAUUUGUCAGUCUUGACUUGGGACUGGACUUUGGCCUUGUCAGUCUUGAGACUUGCCCAUCUUGAUUUGGGACUUGACUCUGGACUUUCUUCUCUGGAUUUAGAUAGAUAGUUGACUUUAUUAGUCCCAGAAGGGAAAAUAGUUUAACUAGUUUUGACAGCAGCCAAAUACACUAAAAUAUAUCAAAACAUUAUAACACAAUCCAAAUAAUUUUAGAUCUCAUCUGGGACUUGGUUGCAAAAACUUGAGACAAAACAAUGACUUGUACCCACCUCUGGUAAAGGCUGAAGCAGUUGUCUGAAAUUGAACAAAAGUCACUGUUUUUUAGUCACUGUUGACCAAAACUUGCCAAGAAAAAAAUAGAAAUUGUAGGAAUAUAUUAAGAAAUAAAAGGCCUUUGUGCUAUCAGUACAGUAAGCUUCAAUCAUUUUUGAUCACUGGUUCUCUUUGCUGGUGGCUGAUAGCACUUUCUGUAUGAUAAAAAUAAUGUUUGUUUUUGUUAAUCUUAAGCUGAUCACUGUUUUCACACUGCUUGGGGUUAAUUAUAUAUGCCGUUUCUGGUUGUACACCUGAAGUGAGUGCCAUUUUGAGUGAGAACGUUAACAGACGGCACUUUGCUGUGAGGAGGAGAGGAGAGCAGCUGUUUGUGUUUUUGUUUCACUCCUUUUCUUUCUGGACUGUAAACAAGUGUUUUUGCUCUGAUUUUGAUCUGGUGUUGAAUAGAAGCAGGUGAGAAAAUUCA